AGACUUGUAUCUAAAAAAAUGUGUGAGGACGGGACCUACGUGAGGCAGGUGAAAGGUCACUUUAGCCUGUUUGAUUCAAGUGCUAGAAGGAGACUGAAAGAGAUAAGCCAAGGGGAACUGGGCAUGAAAUACCCGUUGAUGCAGAAUUUACGUUUUUGUUUUGGACUGCUUAACCUUCGAUGAGUGAGUACUUGUCAAGGAUUUCUUGACAAUAAAAUGCUGGAAGUGCAUCAGUGAUACUAAACGCGAGUUAGCAUUUAGCAUUUUCGAGCUACUGCUAUACGUUACCCUUAGCCAGCUAUGCUAAACAGAGACUUUUAUCACACAGUGGACAGAGUGAAGCUUCCUGUACUUUUCUGCUGUGGAUUGAAUGGUCGAGUUUUGCCAGUGUACUCCAUGUAGCCGAUGAAGAAGCAAAUUCCAACUCAGCUGUUGAGUGUUACCUGGUGGUCACGAACAAGACCGCAUCCAUCCUUCCGGGAUUUAUUGUUCCCACUGAAUUCCUGGGAGUUAUUUUGAUGGAUGGAUGAAAAGGAACAAUUUCUGGACUGUCCAUUUUCGGCUGAGUGCGAUGGGACGAUGAGCGUGUGCUCAGUCAAAGUCAUUGAUCCCAGCAACAAGAAGCAGCUCUCCACACACUCUGGGGUCACCACUUUCCCAGAUUCAAACAGCGCUUUGUACGUUCUCCCCCUUCAGUGCUCCUUUGGCUCCCCUGAGAUCAAACUAUUAUCCUCAAGGCAAUAAUACCAUUCAGCGUUUUGCAUCCUUUUUUGUUUCAUUGCUUCCUCUGAUUGGCCAAGACUGUGAGAAACUCUGGGCAAAGCAAGACCCACACAUUCAUAUGUAGAUGUGUGGCUAUAUAAAGGAGGGCUGCAGCCAGCAGAGAUCAGAUUCUCUCUACUGAGACCUAGCACGGAGAUCCAACAAUGGCACCUUCAAUCCCUGCAGCAGUUGCCAACUCACAGGAGCAUCUGACUCUGAACCACAAGCUGAGAAAGCCUCUGGUGGAAAAGUUGCGCAGAGAGCGAAUCAACAGCAGCAUCGAGCAACUCAAGUCUCUCCUGGGUCCAGAGUUCCUCAAACAGCAACCAGACUCCAAGCUGGAGAAAGCAGACAUCCUUGAGAUGACAGUUUGCUUCCUGAGACGGCUUCAGCAGCAGCAGCAGCAGCAUCCACAUUUGGAUGCAAGAGCUACUGAUCAGGGCUACUCCAGAUGUUUCCAAGAGGUGGUGCACUUCCUGUCCAAAGAUGAUCUGAAGACGCAGUCCCAAAGAAGACUGCUGAACCACAUGAACAAGCUGCAGUCGUCCUCUGAGAGGAACCUGAAAGACAAUUUUCUUAUGAACUCCACAAUCCAGGCCUCCAUUAAGAAAAAGAGCCCAGCCAACAGCUCCCUCUGGAGGCCAUGGUAAAAAUGUAGGACUUACACCCUGGAAUUUAAUGUUUCUGUACUUUUACUCACUUUUGCUUUUCUUAUAUCUAAGAGUUAUUGCCUGUAUCAAGGUGUUUUGUAUUGCCUUUUGUAAAGGCUAGAAAAUGAUUUUUCUUCAAUAAGAAGUUCUGUUAUUUUGUUUAUGAAACAGUGACAAACGUGUAAGUUCAUAGUCUAAUUCUGUGAUGUAAAGAACAUUAUUCUCAAUGUAAAUACUCAUAUAAUGUUGGCAGCGAUGACAACAAUGUAUGUUUGUAUGAUUUGUUCCAUUUUGGGGACAGUUUUAUGUACAUGUUUUAACAUGUUUCAGAUUUAUAUGUGUUUUCCACAUUUUCUUCUGAUUGAUCUGGCCUCAUUGGUUUUAAAAAAUCUUAAUUUCAUGCUUUUUCUGUUAAGCAGAUGAGAUUCAAGACAAAUGUGCUGCUUUAUAACUCUGUGAGUGACAGCACCCAUACCUUCAAGGAAGGAAUCAAUAUUUGGAAAAUCUCUCACAAUGAAUGUUUCUCUUCGAACCAAGUGAUGCGCAAUAAAACAAUCAGAAAAACAA